AUGAUUAACAGGGACAGUCAGGGGCAUUCGUAUUUCAUAGUCAGAGGUGAAAUUAUUGGAUUUAUGGAAAACGAACAACUGCGAAAGCAUUUGCCAAGGAUGUUUUCAUUAAUCAAGAACGAAAGUUGGGGGCUUGAAGACGAUCAGAUACCGUCCUAG